AUGCCAGGACCGAGUGGUGGUGGUUCAGGUUCUCGGAGCUUGUGGCUAGCAGCGAAUCCGAGCAAGAGAUGGGGCGAGCUUUUCUUCCUCUUCUACACUCCUUUCUGGCUCACUCUCUCCUUGGGAAUCGUCAUUCCUUACAAACUUUACGAGACAUUUACGGAGCUGGAGUAUCUUCUUCUAUCCUUGGUUUCUGCUGUUCCUGCGUUCUUGAUUCCGAUGUUUCUCGUUGGAAAGGCUGACACAAGUUUAAGCUGGAAGGACCGCUAUUGGGUUAAGGCAAAUCUCUGGAUAAUCAUUUUCAGCUAUGUGGGGAACUACUUUUGGACUCACUAUUUCUUUAGAGUUCUUGGAGCGUCGUAUACUUUCCCAUCAUGGAAAAUGAAUAACGUGCCACACACAACAUUCUUCAUGACACAUGCUUGCUUCCUCUUUUACCACGUCGCAUCCAACAUCACUCUUCGAAGGCUUCGACACUCCAUUGCUGAUUUACCGGAUUCUCUGAGAUGGUGUUUUGAAGCUGCGUGGAUACUGGCGCUUUCUUAUUUCAUUGCAUACUUGGAGACUGUUGCUAUUGCAAACUUUCCUUAUUAUGAGUUUGUGGACCGAAAUGCCAUGUAUAGAGUUGGAUGUUUGUUCUAUGCCAUUUACUUCAUUGUGAGCUUCCCAAUGUUCUUCAGGAUGGAAGAGAAAUCAAGUGAGAAAUGGGAUCUAUCACGUGUGGCUGUUGAUGCUUUAGGUGCUGCUAUGUUGGUAACAAUCAUUCUUGAUCUAUGGCGUCUCUUCUUGGGACCUAUAGUUCCCUUACCGGAGGGACAAAACUGCGAUCAGUCUGGAUUGCCAUGGUUAACCAGUUGA